AUGCGUUUGACAACAGCAGGGACGAAUUUGAGUACGACGUUCAGACAUAGGAUUCCAUUUGAGAUUCCCCAAUUGAAAAUUCGUGGGAAAUUAAUGGGACUAGCUUCCGUGGUUCGGUUUGAUACAACCGCUCACUCUGUCAGUGUCCCAUUGGCAAUGCUCUCGCUGAUAAAGAAACCCGGCCGCAUCGGGUUGGCUCGAUACGAAGUACCACACGCUAUUUUCCAGGCUGUCAUGGCAUAUUCUGAAGAUGCCUCGCUUGAUCAAUAUGAUGGCUUCGUCAUAUGUCUUGAUGACAUGGAUAUGUAUCUUUCUAGAGUCAAGGUAUCCUCAGCGUACUUGCGGAGUUUAUACCGACGCCAAGCAGUUACGGAAGACUUGCCGUUCUAUAGGUCUAAGAAGUUCAAUAUUUUGGACCCCGAUGGCCGAAGGGGGUUACUGAAGCUUCUAAUGGGUCUUUACCGAUACUUGGAAGAAAGCCCGCAAUCUAGGAUCAAACAGAAUCAUAUUGGAUAUUCUUAA